AUGGGCAAGAAACGCAACAACCGACAUAGACCCAAAUAUUUGUGGAACGCACAUGGUGGCGGACGGGGAAAGAAGUUAUUGGAGCAUUGGUCUUCGACUACUGUGCUGGUCUAUUUGGUUGUUACCGAAUGCGCGUAUGUUUGUAUUCGUACAAUCACAUGUACGCAAUUACGGCAAUUGAUGUUCACAUCGAUUGGAUUUGCUUUGCCGAAUAAGCAGCUCCAUCACCAAUCAUUGACAAGUCACGUGGUACAGGCCGGUGUUGGGCCAUUUCCCGGUGCUCCGGCUGGCUAUCCGCCGGCCGGGGCACAAGUUGGUGCCGCCAAUCCGGACAGCCUCUCCAUGGCAGUGGCCGCCAUUAAAACUGAGCCCGUCUCUCAAAUGAAGCUCGAAGGUGGAACGCAGGUCUCGGGUGCCGCAAACGCAGUCACAUCGGCCGCUGCCGUGCAAUUGUACAUGCAACAAAAGAAGACAAAUCUGCCAACGGCAACGUCGCAGUUCAACGGCUGCAACGCUUUGAUCACAGCAGCCACAACAGCAACAACGGCGACAACGCCCAUCGUGAAUUCCUCUUUGCUAAGUGGCGUUCAAGCUCAGCAGCACAAUGGCGGCCUUGGGAUCACGCUCAGCAACGGGCUAUCAGCCACCAUUAACGGUCUCGAACACAAACAUCAGCAUCAUCAUCAACAACAGCAGCUGCAAUUAUUGCAGCACCACCGAUCUCAUCCCCACCACAACCACCAAAUGCACCUGCAGCAAACACAACAAACAGCACAAUCCCAGCCCCUUUCACAGCCACAGCCACCGACGCCAACAUUAACGUCAACGUCGUCGCAGCCGCAACCACAAAGUAUUGUUCUAUCCUCAGUAUUGAUUAAGAGUGAGUCAGAGGUCAAUGCCGCCCAACAACAGCAGCAGCAACAGCAACAACAGCAGCAGCAACAAAGUAUUUCCAAUAGCUCUGGCGGUGGCUCGGGAGGUGGUGGCAGCGCCAUCACAUCAAUGACAGCAACCUGCGGCUCAGGCGCCCCAGUAGCCGUAGCCACAACUAACACCAACACUAGCAGCUGUAUAACUAGUCAAAGUCAAUCUGUAAACGGAAGCGGCGCAACUGCUGCAGUCUCGUCGGUCGACAGUAAUACUGCCACCGCAAACGGCGUUACCGCCAUCACAACCACCGUCACACCCGGCAACGGAGGAGAUUUGCUCGCCACCUCACAUCAACAACAAGUUAUUGCUGGCUUAGGAGGUGAUCAAGCAACGGUCGGCGCUGUCGCCACCUCCGUUACCGCCACUUCAGCUGCGACUGACACCCUGGCCGCGACUAGCACUGCAACUAGCGUCCCUAGCACUGGCUUGUUACCAACAAUUAUGUCCACAUCGCAGUCAGUGGCUGGCUCAGUUGACUCAGGAUCAAUUGUGGCACCGUUGGUAAGUGGCGCAAGCACUUCACAGGUCAUAGCCUGCCUCAACGCUGCCGGCGUCAGUGCCGGUGGUGGCAUCAUGACCUCUGCCGUGCCAUCCACACCCGUAGCCACUAGUCUCACCUCGGCUCUAGUCCCACUACAUCAACAGCAGCAACAGCAAGCUAUCAUCGAUGCCAAAAAUCAACCAAAGCGCUUGCACGUUUCAAAUAUACCAUUUCGAUUCCGUGAUCCCGACCUUCGCGCCAUGUUUGGGCAAUUUGGCACCAUCUUGGAUGUAGAAAUCAUUUUCAAUGAGCGCGGCAGCAAGGGCUUUGGCUUUGUAACGUUCGCAAAUAGCAACGACGCUGAACGGGCACGCGAACGUCUUCACGGCACUGUGGUUGAGGGACGCAAAAUCGAGGUCAACAACGCCACAGCUCGUGUGCAAACCAAAAAAGUAACAGCUGUUCCAAAUGUUGUACUGACAAAAGACGGUGCUAUACCGGCUCCAGCUCUAGUAUGUGUGCAAUGGCCAGAAGCUACCGUAGCUGCCGCUGCCGCCAUGCGUGGCGUCGCCAUACAACGCGGGCACAUGGGGGUUGUAGGUGCGCCAUUCAAUCCUGCUCUGGCGGCUGUCGCUGUAGCCGCCCAGCAGCAGCAACAUCACCACCACCACCAGGCACACCACCAUCCGCAUCAUGCCCAGCAAUCGGCACACCAUCAAUUGGGGUUGCAGCAAGCGCUGCAAGUGCAGUCAGCUAACGCCACAAAUCAGGCCCACGCCGCUGCAGCCGCAGCCGCGAUACAGACGAGCGCCGCCCAACAUCAACUCCACUCACUGGCCCAAUCAGCGGCAGCCGCUGCAGCAAGUACACCGCAGGCGGCCAAUGCGGCUGCAGCUGCGUAUGCAGCACGUUUGAGCGCCACCGGAGCGGCGGCUCCAUCGCCAUCCGCCGCUGCUGCUGCAUCCAUAGCCGCAGCGGCUAAUGCUGCAGCGGCAGCCAAUGCAGCCGGCACCGCAUUGCACGGAUUCACACCCGUUUACUAUGAUCCCUUCUUAGCAGCCGCUGCAGCCUCUGCUGAUCCGAAUUUGAGAUUCCAGGCAGCCAAACCGGUCGCAGAAGUUCCAGCCGCACAGCCAGCAGCCAUUCUAAAUCGCCGCACUGUGACAACGCUAAACAGUACCCCACAUACGAUCAACCGCAUUCCGGUACCACAAAACGUUUUGGCCACAGCUCCGCUGCUAAAGACUCCGCUGUCACAAGCACAGCAGGCGUACGCAACGGCCGCCACCACCUACACAGCGGUGGCUGCUAGAGCGGCAUAUGGCGCAGCUGCCGCCGCUGCGCAGCCAACACUGGCCGGUUACGCUACUGUCGCGGGUUACGCUGCAAGGGAGUACGGAGAUCCCUAUUUGGGACAUGGUAUCGGACCAGUACCCGGCUAUGGGGCAACAAUGUAUCGAGGUGGAUUCAAUCGAUUCGCGCCAUAUUAAUUUAAGAUACCCGAAUAAAGCAUGGAGCACCAGGCUUUUGCUGUCCAGAGACCAUUAUAUCUCCACGCAGCUGUGCUCAACACUUGCGAACGCGCUCACACAAUGUUUUACACAUCACAUGGAACCAAAUUAAAAUUUAUUAUAUAAGGAUAAAGAUGUAAUGUUAAGCUAAGAGAAACAUGAAAUCCUUGAAAUGCUCAAAUGCUCAAGAAACAAUGCAAUUUUUAAUGAAGCAACCAAAAAAUACUCAAGCCAAGCGUAAAUACGAUGAGAUUAAAAUCAAAUAUUCAAAGUAUAGCAAAGCAAAGAUUACAAAAUAAAACAUAAGUUGAAGUUUAUCUAACACAUAUACAUACAAACAUACUUGCAUAAAAGGAAAAUGCAAUGAAAAAAGAAGAAAAAAAAAAACAAAACAAAAUAAAAACAUAAGAAACUUAAUCAAUGAAAAAAUUUAACAGAACAAAUCCGUAGUUGUUAAAUUAAAUGUCGUCCAACCAAUAUUUCAAAUUAUGAUAAAUACGUACAUAUAUUUAUUAGUAUAAUAGAAUAGAAGAUAUAAACCAAAAACAAGGAGAUGAGUCCAAAUGCAGACGAAUCUCUGUAAGCGGUUAAAGUAAAGCCGCAGAUCCAAUUAAAAAUUUUAGCUGAUUACCAUCGCAGUCAUUUACUGGUGAAUAAUGAACUUCCAAUCGAAAUUUUGUCAUUGAAAUCAACAUCACCUCCUGUAUUAUCUUUAAUGGAUAAUUUGUAUAUGAGCAGAAGCUGUGUCAUUUUAAUCUUUUAUCUUCAAUUGGUUUUCGUUCUGGUUACUCAUCAAAUAUUUUAUGCAUAAAGCGAAUACUCAAAUAUAAAGAUAAAGUGUAUGUGCACAAUAAAGCACUGUACACCGAGAAAACGACUACACAAAUACGAGUAUGUGGUUUCGCGGCACUUUACUUGUGAAGAAAAGGUUUGUAAAAAGUAUAAACCAAGCAAGUUUCCCAAUAAAUCUCUCAAAUUGCCGCAUCAUAGGUGCAGUCCGCGAAAAAACGAUGGCCCCUCGACAUUUUAAUCAGUUUUAACAAUUUCUCUUUUGUUUUUUGUUCAUUAUUUUUUAUAAAAGUGUAGCUCAUUGUCUAACAAAAACCGUAUAAACCCAAAUUAGAAUUGUAUGCGAAAACUUGUGAAAUUCCACAAAUUUUUAAUCCCUUUAAAUUCCCUGGUUUUUAAUUAGAAUUUCUAGAAAAAUGUUUGGUACGCAAUUUUACAGAUUACAAAAUUUUUAAUUAUAAUAAGGUGCAAGCUUAAACCUACUAAGCAAUCCCCUUGUUUUUUAUAAUUUGUUUAGCUGACAAUGUUACGCACUUCCUCCGAUAUAAAAAAAUGUUCAAAAUAUUACAUAAAUAUAAUAUAUUACAUGGCUUUGUUAAACAAAAAGCUAUACUUUUAUAAAAAAAUACUAAUAAUGAACAUUAAAAAAAAUAGUUAAAAUUGGUUAAAAUGUUGAGGUGCUAUCGUCUUUUUGCGGACUGUAUGCUCGAAUUUAAAAAUCAAAAUAAUCAUCAUUCAUAAACUAAAAAUUCUUAAGAGGAAUACUCAUUCAAUUUAUACUUCGUUAACUGUGAGUCAUUAUAAUAUAAUAUAAUAUUUUUUUAAUAUUUUAGACAAACUUUUACUUCAAAGAGCAUAAUGUUUGACAUAAUUUUAUGGUUUUUAAAUCCCCAUUCGCAUUUUAAAAGUUACUUAAUCGCUUAUUUAGUUGAACGAUAUAGAAGAUAGACUUCUUACUUGUUUCCAUUGGCAGCUUAUAAGCAUUUCAAUAAAUUGCUUUAUUCAAAAGAAAAAAGGCUAUUUUACAUGAAUUAAUCAGUAAUGAAGAAACUAUACUUAAUGCGAUAAGAAAUUGACACGUAGACAUAUCCCUAAAAGAAGAAAAUAAUAACUAUACUCUUUUAUUGUCAAAUUAAUUUUUUUCUUUUCUAGAUCGUAUUCAAAGUUGUUAAACAUUGAUGAAAAGGAAACGGUUUUGUAUUUAAAUAUGAAGUAAAUACAAAAGAGUUACAAGUGAAAAAAACGCUUCCAAUAUACCCCGAAUUUAAGGAGAAUUCAGUUUUCCAAAUAUCCGCACUCCGAAAUGCAAUCAGAGUCUUUCUUGUUUCGUACCCUCAUUUAAAUAAUUAGGAGAUGUGUUAUAGUAUCUUAUAGCCGCUUAAAAAUAAAUAAUAAAAACUCAACGGAGCAGUUUGAAGACCACAAAAAGGGUGUUUUAAACAAUUCUCCAAGUAUUUACGAAUGCAGCUAAAAUAACUCAAAUUGUGAGUAAUCAAUAAUUAACUUUUUGUUUUUAAUAUAAAAAGUAGAGUUUUGUAAAACAAAUUCGAUGGCGCAAAACAAUUGUAUUUUACAGUGCGGCGUAUUAGCUUUGCUCUCGCACUAUAUAAGAAAUAACGAAAACUUCCUGUACGUCACUCAAGGGGGCACUAAAAGUGAAAUGAAUUUUGCUCAAAUUAUGUCAUAUAAAGAAUAUUUAAAUUUAUCAUGUAGUAGUAUCCUUCAAAUAUGACUUACGAUGUUGUAAGAUGUGUAUGUAAAAGUAGAGUCUAUACGAUCUGUUCUAUGAAAAUCAAAUUUUUUAUGAAUUUUUGCAUACGGUAGUGUUCGAGUAUGAAUCUGUCGCGCUGCAACUAAAAUUGCUGAUAAAUGACACAAACUAUACGUACACACAAACAUAUUUUAAACAAAACCGAAGCCUACAAAACAAAACACACGCGAACAAAUUAGAAGCACAAGUAGCAAGAAAAUAUACGCAUAAUAGAUUAUAAAAACUUCCAUAAAAUAUUUGUUUUACUUAUGAUGUGAAAGUAUACAUGAAUCAAUAUGUAAUAGAAAUUAGGAAUUUGUACAAGUAUAUUUUUAAGAGUUGAGCAAUUUAUAAAAACCAAAUAUGAAACAAAAACAAUGUACAAGUGUCAGAAAAAUACCACUUGAAGUAUUUAUGAAUCACUUAAAACUCGCGAACAUUAUUAUACAGAUUAUUACAGUUAAGUGUGGAGUAAAAUGACAUUUAUAUAUGUGGAUAAAUCCAAAUGCCAUCAAAUAAACUAAUCACACCAAAUCGGCUUUUUUAGCUCUUUUAGAAGUCGAUUAGCUCCAAACUCAUUAAUAUAUUAUAUAAUAUUAUUCUGUGUUUAUAAAUUACUUUACUCGAAGCCAAAGUUUAAUGUCUUAAUGAGAAAAUAUGCUCUAAUUUUAGUUUGUAGUACGUUUACUUUAGUAUUUACUUUUUAAAAUUUUACAAUUAAAUAAUCAACUGUCUAAAUACUGUCGAAUGUGAAAGAGUUCGCAAAAUUUUCGUUUCAAUUGAUUUGUGCAUUAAGUAGAUUAGAGAUAAAAGAAAAAACAAAAGUUAAUUAAAAAAGCGAGUAGUAUUUUAUGACUACGUAGGAGUGAAAAGUGUAAUCAAAUCCAUCAAUUGCCAAAUUACUUGUAGCUUUUAAUUGAAUAAGAAAUAAAGAAAAAUGUUAAAAAAAUUAUUAAAAAAUAAAA